UUUGUUUUUCUUUGAUCUGCUUCUGACUCAGCUGUUAGCAUGUAGCCGCGCCGACGUCCGGUUUGUGUCCGACUUUGAACGCCGUUGGCAGUUAGCUGUUAGCACUUAGCUCCGUUUGUUCGAUCAUUAGAUCGAUAUAGAUUAACGGGACACGCGAGCCAAACUAGACACGGAUUUACCCCGGGAUAAAGACGGGGUAAAGGUGUGUGUGACGUGCGUUGCCGGGGGCGAUGGCUCUGAUUGAAGGCGUCGGUGACGAGGUGACGCUGCUCUUUGGCACUCUGCUGCUCCUCGUGGUGUUGCUGCUCGCCUGGAUCUCCACGCGCACCUCAGAGCCUCCAGAACACCUGUUCUCUGCUGCUGCUGCUGCUACAGGCCCCUCCCCCCCACAGAGGACCGGUCCCACCCACCAGGACACACCCCCUACCUCCAUAAACACGGCUGACACUUCUCCUUCGCCACCACACAGUACUGUGGCCCACACCCAUGCUGACUCCGCCUCCGAGGAGAAGUCUGAGGAUGGAGGAGGGAGGGGGGACAGAGGGGAGAUAGGAGAGGACGGGGUGAGGAACAGAGGAGGGGGAGGGGCCGGUGGAGGAGCAAGAGGUGGAGAGUCUUCAUCUUCUCAGAGGAACAUGGUGGUCAGACUGAAGUUUCUCAACGACACUGAAAGAACAGCUCAGGUCCAACCACAGGACACUGUGGGAUACAUCAAACGGACCUACUUUGCGGGUCAGGAGCAGCAGGUGCGGUUGAUCUAUCAAGGUCAGCUGCUGCAGGACGACGCUCAGACGCUGGCGUCGUUGAAUCUCGCCCACAACUGCGUCCUGCACUGUCACAUCUCGCAGCACGCCGGGCGCGGUGGCGGCGGAACGGGGGCGGGGCCUCAGCCUGGCGACCAGGUGCAGGUUGCUCUGAAUGUGGGCAGUCUGAUGGUCCCACUGCUGGUCCUAAUGCUGUCGGUGCUGUGGUACUGUCAGAUCCAGUACCGACAGUUCUUCACGGCGCCGGCCACUGCCUCUCUGGUGGGCGUCACCAUCUUCAUCAGCCUGGUGGCGUUCGGAGUGUACCGCCGCUAGCUGCUCUCUGAUUGGCCAAGUGGGAAAUGGACGCUGACGGAGCUGAUGUGUGUUUGUGUUGCCAUGGAGACAGAGUGUAAACAAGGACUUUUAUUUUUUCAGAUCAUGUAGAGUCAUCAUCUUCAUCAUUAUUCAUCAUCAUUGUGCCUCUUUACUGACACAUGUCUGUCUGUAUGUCUGUUUCUUUGAAGACAAAAAUCUAUUAAAUUGUUUAUUUAUCA